AUGCUGAAUUUCGUUUUUUCUGCUGGAUCUAGUCGAUCUGGUAAAGAUGGAGUGUGUAUUGGUGAGAAACGAGCUCGUACCCAUGAGAUGUGUGAUGUUGGAGGUAGCGGUGGUGAGCAUUCUUCUCUUCCUGUGCCUCCUUUGCUGAUGAGUUUUAAAGACAAGGUUUCUGGUCUCUCUGGCGUGGCUGAAGAUAAUCUGAUUAUUAGGGAUGGUGAUUGUGUGGUUAUGGAUGGGGAUAUCCAGUCCAUUAAAUUCUCUGAAUCAAUUAAGGAUUGUUUGUAUCGUCCUUGGAGAACUUCUGUAAUCAUCAAGCUUAUGGGUCGUCCGUUGACUUAUAAUUUUCUCCGUGCUCGGCUUCUUCAACGUUGGGCUCUGAAGGGUCCGAUGAGUUUGAUUGAUUUGGAAAACAAUUAUUUCAUUGUUAAGUUUUUGCUUGAGGAGGAUAUGCAGUAUGUGCUUACUAGUGGCCCUUGGCAAAUUGCUGGUCAGUAUCUUGUGACUCAACAAUGGAAGCCUGGGUUUAAUCCGAAGGAGGAGUGUGUUACACACAUGACGGCUUGGGUCAGAAUCAAUGGUCUCAAUGUAGAGUAUUUUCGACCGGAUGUUAUGGGGAAAAUUGGCAAUCUGAUUGGUCAUACUGUCAAGGUUGAUGCUCUCACCAUGAGCCAAGCGAGAGGUAAAUUUGCACGAAUUUGUGUUGAACUUGAUUUGUCAAAGCCUCUUGUUCCUUUCAUUGAAGUUGAAGGUCGGUCUUAUGAUGUUGUGUAUGAAGGGAUUAAGUUGGUUUGCUUUGAAUGUGGCUACUAUGGGCAUGGUAGGGAUAAUUGUCCUGUUAUUUUGAAAGCCAAGGCUCAGGCUGCUGAAACUGAAAAUGCUAAGGAUAUGGAGGUUAACACUCCUGCUAAGGAGGAUGAUCUGGAGGCUUUUAGUCCUAAAAAGGUUGGUGAGGGGAGUUCUACGAAGCUUCAUGGUCAGUGGAUGUUGUUGCAGCAGAAGAAUUUUAAGAAAAAGUUUCAGAAGGAACAAGGAUCUAUUAGUGUUAAUUCUACUAAGGCUUCAUCUCAAAUUGAGGGAGGUUUUAAGAAUGCCUAUUCUGGUACAAGGUUCGCUGUUUUGGACAAUGAUGUUACUCAAGAGGCUGCAGAUGAGCAGGUUGUGAAUCUUUUUAAGUAUGAGGCUAGUAAGCCUAUUAAGCAAGUGGCUACCCCCGCUAGUGGUUUUGCUAAGUCUACUGGGAGUAACAUAAAUGAGGUUGGGAAGAGAAAUGCUCUUGCUAAGGAUUCUAAGGUGUGGGUUUUCAAAAAACCUUUGAAAGACAUUACUAAUGCUAAGUUAGAGAAGAACAGUACUGUGGGUUUGAAGCCUGGUGUUGGGUCUAUCAGCACUGGGAAGGCCAGGGGUGGGCAUACUCGUAGUAAUUUGAAUGUUGGAGCGGUGGGUAUGCAAGUUCGAGGCUCUGAUGUGCAAGAUGAUGUUCAAGGCUUGUUCUCGUUUAAUUUGGAUGCUGCCUCUUUACCUGCAGAUUUUGGGGGUGCUAAAGUGGUGUUGCAUGAACCAAAGCCUCCUGAUAUUGGUCAGAUGGAGCUGAAUGAGGGUGAGUCUCAUUUAGGUAAGUCUAGUGGUUCCUGUGAGGAUGAGCAUGAUUCCGUUGGUAAUGCGAUUGAUUUGGCUGGUAUGUCGAUUGAUUUUGAUGCCUCUGAUGUUGAGGCUGAGUAG